AUGCCUUCUUCUACGCCUUCUGGCAGCGUGCGCCCGUUUCCUACCAUCAAACAUGUCCGCACAUUCAUUACACAAGGCCCCGGAAGCGGCGGAGACUACCACAAUGUUGCGGGCGGACAUUGGCUGAUUGACAGCAAAAUCUCUACCCCCAUGAGCCAGUAUGAGGAGUAUCGCAAGUCGAGAACGAGCUGGGGAAUCAACGUCCUGGGCUCUUUCUGUGUGGAGCUUGAGGCCAGUGAUGGCACUAAAGGCUUUGCUACUGGCUUUGGAGGGCCACCGGCAUGCUGGCUGGUAGCUGAGCACUUUGAGCGUUUCUUGAUCGGCCAAGAUCCCAGAGAUACAAACCACAUGUUUGAGCAAAUGUACCGUGCUUCCAUGUUUUACGGUCGCAAGGGUCUCCCCGUCGCCGUCAUCUCCGUAAUCGAUCUUGCCAUAUGGGAUCUCCUCGGCCACAUUCGCAACGAACCCGUAUACAAGAUGUUAGGUGGAUCAACUCGGGAGAGGCUCAACUUCUACUGCACUGGUCCUGAGCCAGCAGCAGCAAAGGAGAUGGGUUUCUUCGGCGCAAAGGUACCACUACCUUAUGGACCUGGCGAGGGUGUGGAGGGUCUUAAGAAGAACGUAGAGUUCCUGACUAAGCACCGUGAAAGCGUUGGGCCAGACUUUCCUCUCAUGGUUGACUGUUACAUGAGUCUGAACGUACCAUAUACCAUCGAAGUAGUCAAAGCGACUGAGCAUCUCAACCUGAACUGGUGGGAAGAAUGCUUAUCCCCUGACGAUUCGGACGGCUUCGAGCAGAUCAAGCGCGCUCAUCCACGCAUGAAGUUCACCACAGGCGAACACGAAUACUCGCGAUAUGGUUUCAGAAAACUCAUCGAGGGCCGCAACCUAGACAUCCUGCAGCCCGACGUCAUGUGGGUCGGGGGUAUGACUGAACUCCUCAAGAUUUCGGCUAUGGCUGCUGCAUAUGAUAUCCCUGUGGUCCCUCAUGCAAGCGGCCCAUACUCUUACCACUUUGUGGUGUCUCAGGCCAAUUGCCCAUUCCAAGAGUAUUUGGCGAACUCGCCGGAUGGCAAGUCCGUCUUGCCUGUCUUUGGCAACCUCUUCACCAAUGAGCCCAUCCCCAGCAAGGGCUAUCUCGAUGUCAAGACUCUCGAUCUCCCUGGUUUUGGUCUCGAACUGAACCCUAAUGCGGGAUUGAUCGACGCCACUCGUAUCCUGAACCCUGCGCCACAAAAGGCGUUGAAGCCUGCCGAACCCGAGAAGCAGACAGAAACAAAUGGACAAUCGUGA